UCAUGUUAGUCAUGCGCUGAGCUCAUUUAAACUGAAAUAUGCUUAUUUUUAUGCUUUUUGUUAUGUUUUCCCUGCAUCAUAUGAGAUCAAGUUCCUGUAGGAAAUGAAGUGAUUUGAGUUCUCUGUGGAUAACAAUUACUUGGUGAAAAAUUCACGUUUCAUAUCAGAACAUAUUAGGCAAAAAAUGAAGAACCACUUCAAUGUUAGUGCCCUCACCAGCCUGAGCAUCCCUGGAAAUGCUUGCGGAAUCGACUUCAGUCAAGAUGGCAUCUUCCUUCCCGUCCUGUAUGGAAUCUUCUUCAUCAUCGGCACCCCUUUAAACCUGCUGGCGCUCUUUGGGCUCUACAGACUCAUCCAGUCGGAGAACGUUCUUCCAGUGUAUGUCAUCAACCUUCUGAUCGCAGAUCUAAUUCAACUUCUGACUUUGCCUUUAUGGAUAGAUUACUAUGCCAACGGACACCACUGGCGCUUCGGACCUCAGAGCUGUCAGUUCAUGGGUUUGCUUUUUUACAUUAGCAUUUAUGCGGGCAUCUUCUUCAUGUGUAUCAUUGCUCUAGAACGUCACCUGGCCAUUGCCAGACCUCUCAGUUUCAAGUAUCUCCGUAACUUGAAGUUUGCUCACUGGAUAGCACUCAGCAUUUGGAUUCUAAUUGCGGUGCCACCUGCCAUUGCACUAAACAAGCUCUUUCCCAAGAAGGAAAAUUACACUCUUUGUAUCGAGAAGUAUCCAUCAGAGGGCAGUUUUAUCACCUACAGGAUGAUUACUCUGCUUUUGUCCUUCAUCAUUCCCCUGAGCUUCAUUGUUGGUCUCCAUAGAGAGACAGUCCGCUCGCUGAUGGCAAUCAACUCACUUUUAUCCGAGGAGAAGAGGAGUAUCAGGGGUCUGCUCACCCUUCUGGUGGCCGUAUUUGUCACUGUGCUGGGGCCCUAUCAUUUCAUCGGCUGUGUGAAGUACGUCGGACUGCUGAUACACAGCAGUCCGUGUGUUUGGGAAAAGGCUGUGUUUGUGCCCUAUCAGUUAGGAAGAGGCUUUCUGAGCUUUAACAGUUUGCUGGAUCCUGUGUUUUACAUCUUUCUCCGCAAAGACUUUCGUGCUGCCGCUGGGAAGUACUUGCCCUGUCUGAGGAGAGUAAAGAACAAAUCGUAUCGGACAGAGAAAGUGACAAGCUCUACUCUAGACUGUGACUGAUGGUUUCCUCCUGUUUAUGUUGAAAUACGUUGAUAUGUCGAUGGCGCCUUCAUCUAAGACAAAUGUUUUAGCACCAUUGUUCAUUCUUAAUUGGAAGACAUUUAGCAUUGCUAUACUUUUAGUUAGCCUUGCUUGCUCCUGACUUUUGUUUGUCUGUUGAUCAUUUCCAUGUCUGCACUGCUGGACUGAUUUUUAAUUUUUAAUUUAAUUUAUUUAUUUUAUUUUAUUUUAUUUUUAUCUUAGUUUAGUUCAGUUAUCUGUCAAUCAUUUCCAUGUCCACACUUCUGGAAUUAAAUUAACAGCUGUGUUCUAUUUCAUUAUGGUCUUAGCAAUAAACCAAAUAUAU